GCUGCCGCCACCGCUGGUGCUGCUGCCGCUGGCAGAGCCUCGCAGAGGUGUCCACCUCGUGGCAGUCGACACUUCCUACCGGACGGUGGUAGUGUCCAGGCGCGCUGGACACACGAGCCGCAGCCGGUCGCUGCUGCUGCUGCCGUUGUUCAUCGAACGUAAGGAUUAAGAGAGGCACGGGCCGUGGAAGGAAGAGACGCAGAAAGAAGAAGGUGGUUGGUGACAAGGUGGUGACGGGUUGUUCGGUGGUUGUUCCUCGGCACGAGAAAAAAUUCAAGGACGGAGGAAAAGGGGUCUCGGGAAGGAAAGAGUGCGACGAACCCUUUCCUCCCUUUCACGCGGCACACACUCUCGCGCGUAUAUACUGACGCGCGCGACGUGUCGCCGGUAAUAUAGCGUGCGCGCUUUCGUUUAGAGGGUUUCCUUCCCUCCGACGUCGACGCGCCGUAGGAGUGCCGGAAUACACGCGGUGGCUCCUCUUCAAAAGUCGAGUUUUCGUCGGGGUGAAUUUCGUCUGCUUCCUACUACGCACACCUACUGCUCGCCGCGCAGGGAAAGUCUGACACCGGGGGACAGGAUUAUCGUUUUCUAGGGUCGUCGUCCUGGCCUCCUUCCGUGCUCAGUGUCCAACUACGUACGCGCCUUAUUUCCUUUCUAUCGUCCGAUUAGAAAAUAAAGGAAGAGAUGAAAACGCCUGUAUCCGAGAACAGUAGGAACCGAUAACGCGCUCGCGUGUCGCGUACCAUAAACAAUUCGGUGCGACGUGACGGGCCAACGUUUACCUCCGGGUGAACACGCACGGUCGAAUUCCGCGGUUGGGAAUUGAUCUCAAAUACCCCGUCGAUAGACGACUCGUGUCGCAAAGAGCGAAGCCAGUGUCUGACCAUCCCGCAGUCGGUUCGAUCGUCGCACGUACGAAGAGAGUCAACGAGGCAAACGAGAAGUGGUUUCGGGGGUGUGCUGGUGGUAUCGGUGGAUCUCGACGGCAGGUCGUGGUGAUGCCUCGCAGCAGCGGCUCGUCUGGAUCGCUGGGUGUCGUAGGUAAGGACGCCGCAGGUGCAGUCCCGGUUACGUACCAGGGUGUUGCGAGAAGGAUACGCUGACGAGUGCAGCCCCCGGUGGCACGGCAGUCGUCGCUCCUGCAGGCCAUGUAUUACGGUCCGGCAAUCGACCGUACCGGCAGCAGCUGCAGUGCCAGCGACCUUCAGCAGCCGCGAUCACCACGUCGACGCGGCGCUACGACGACCGGCGUCCCCGAGGACGCCGACGCCGACGAGGAACUCCUGUCCCCGCGACAGGAACCGGCAUACGUCGUCCUCAACGUUCGACCGAGGCAGCCCACGGAUGUCUGCUGCAGCGCCUCCUGUCACGCGGGUCGAAGGCCAGGCAGAAGACGAGCCGGCGGAAAUGCGGUUAGGAUAUUCCUGCUCGCCACUGCCGCUGCCUUCCUCGCACUCGCCGUCUCUCCUGUGUCUGGCACGACAAACAAGGAAGAGGAAGAGACGGCGGUGGCCACUGUUGGCGUUACAGAGGAAACCACUAGUGUCCUGGGCACGAGAUCCAGGACGGGGAGCGAUCCUGGAGGAGGUAUAGACCUCUUGGCAGCGUUACAGUUGUACAACACAACGCGACAGGGUGUUAUACAAGUGCCGGGGCUGGUUAGGUUAAAGCCAGCCUAUUAUCUUCAGGGCGAGGAGAGGGAGCUCCGACUGAACGAGGCGAGCUUCGAACGAGCAGUUACGCUACUCCAACGGGUUCCGGAAUUCACUAUAGCCGCCGCUCUGCGACAGGAGGAGGCCAAUUCCGGGACGAUCGUCGCCUUUUCACAUGGGAACAAUAGAUAUUUGGAGCUGCAGAGCAGCGGUCGUAAGGACGAGCUUCGACUUCACUACGUAUCGCGCCGAGACGGGACUGUCCACGUGGAGGCGUUUCCUUUCCGACUGGCCGACGGCGCCUGGCACAGGGUCGCCCUGAGCGUAAGCGGCUCGCAGGUCGAGCUGCUCGUCGACUGUCAUCCCUUGUACAGGCGGUUGCUUAGGCCCGGACCACCUGACACCAAUUUCACUUUGCCACAGCUUCAGCUUUGGGUAGGCCAGAGAAACGUCAGACACUUUCUCUUCAAGGGUGCUUUGCAGGAUGUGAAGCUGAUACCAGGGCCCCAUGGCUAUCUUUCCCAGUGUCCCCAGCUCGAUUCGUCCUGUCCCACUUGUGGUCAAUUUUCUAUAUUACAAAAUACUGUGGAGCAGCUGAUGCAUAAUCUCAACGAACUUACGCGUAGGCUAGCCGUUGCAGAGGGCAGAAUAAGCAAAGUGGAAGAGUGCGAGUGCCAAAAGUCGUGCAGGACUAAUGGCACCGUCCAAGAGGACGGUGCGACUUGGAACAAGGACUGUCAGCAGUGUUCUUGCGUACACGGUGAGAUCGAGUGUAGGCCGACACCUUGCGCCCCUGUCACCUGCAAGAAUCCUGUCAUUCCUCCGGGACAGUGCUGCCCGAUCUGCUUGAAGCAAUGUUACUUGCUCGGCGAUAUUUACGAUCACGGUGUGAAAGUCUCGCCGAGACAGUGCGUCGAAUGCGAUUGUUUCGACGGUAGCUUCACCUGCAAAAGGUUCGACACCGAAACAAAGUGUCCACGAUUGCCUUGUCCACCCAGUGAGCAAAUAAGCGUGGCCGAAGAGUGUUGCAAGUUUUGUCCAGGGGUGGACUACUGCGCGAAGGGCCACAAGUGUCACGCUAACGCAUCCUGCUUGAACCUCCAGACAACCUACGCCUGCCAGUGCGAUAUUGGUUUCCAGGGGGAUGGUCAUAACUGUCACGACGUAGACGAGUGCAAACAGCAAGGUGGCUCGGAGGGUCACCACUGCAACGCUAACACGAAGUGUGUCAACGUGAUUGGCUCCUACACGUGCGAGUGUCUUCCGGGUUACCAUAGAGUCGACAAAUUCAAUUGCGCGGAACUUGACGAAUGCGCGACCGGCCAUCACGCGUGCGACGAACAUGCGACUUGUGUCAACACAGCUGGCAGCUACUACUGCGUAUGCAAGGAUGGAUACACGGGAGAUGGAUACACCUGCAAACCCGUCUGCAAUCAGACCUGUCAGAAUGGCGGCGAGUGCGUGGCGCCGGGAAGGUGUUCCUGUCGACGCGGUUAUAUCGGCAACAGUUGCGAGCUCGACCUGGACGAGUGCGCCAGCGACCUACACAGGUGCCAUCAGUCCUCGACGUGCUUCAACAUGCCCGGGUGGUACUACUGUCGCUGCAAACCUGGCUACAGAAGUGCUCUCCAUGACAGCACUCAAGGCACACAGUGCCUCGACAUCGACGAAUGCAACGAUCAAACAAUCGAAAGGAGGCACACGUGCCACCCUAGCGCGAAAUGUGCCAACACCGAAGGAGGGUACGAGUGCAUGUGUCCACUCCAGGAAGACAAUCACACCGCGGAGGAAUGCAGGCUCAGUUGUUGGUUCGAGAAUCGCGAAGUGGAGAAUGGCGAGACGUUAGCGCCGGCCGGAAAUCCCUGCAGAAGAUGCACGUGCAAGGACGGCGUUGUCACUUGUAGAGAUCCUAUCUGCGACUGCAGCGCUCCAGGAAGCCACAGGGAUAAGUGUUGCCCGCAGUGUGAUCCUGCGGCCUCCUGUAGACACCAGGAACUACAUCACCUAGUCUUCAGAAGCGGUGAACGAUGGAUAUACCAAUGCCAGACUUGCGAAUGCCUGUAUGGCGAAAUAGACUGCUGGCAGAUGGAAUGUCCACCAGUGACCUGCUCGAAUCCCGUAACAGAGGACGGGGACUGUUGUCCUCGUUGCGAGGAUGAUCCUUGCGCGAGGGAACUGCCUGGAAACAGUACCUCCCUCUCGGUGCUCACUCGACCACAGCCCUGCAGCUACUCCGGGAUCAUCCACGAUAGCGGCAGCUCCUGGCAGGACCCCCAUGACAAGUGCACCACGUGCGAGUGCAAGGACGGGCAGCUAUGCUGCAGCUACGAUUACGGCUGCGCUGGCGAUCUGGGCGACAACGAGCAGCAACGUCCUCCAGUCGUUGUUCCUGAGCCUCUCGUACGCAGUCUACCGAGCCCUGCGGGGUCACCGAUGGCUGACAGUGCACCGGAAGCAGCUCUAUCAGCGGUUACUGCUUCCCCCGGUGGUGCAACAGCCGCCAGCACUUACCUCCUGUCCUCCAACGUCCCCAGGAAAGUCCACUGGACCCUGCAGAACACGGCCCCACCAAAGUUCCAGCAACAGAGAGACGAUCGCCGUCUCCGGGCGCAACAACUGCAAAUCACACCGACGGCCAGGUACCAGUCGGCCGUUGGUGGAUCGACAACGCCGUCGUCGACGUCUCACCGUGCUACACCCGCGACGGCGGCGCCGUCGACGACGACGGUCAAGACUCCGAUCAAGUACGAAGCCAAAUCCCAAGUCCCGUCGCGUCGUCAGCGCAUCAAGUCGUCGAGCAGCACCGCGAAUCAUCGAAGCAACGUGUCCUCUUCCUCGUCCCCGUCCUCUUCGCCUACCCUCGCCAUGCUGGUGCCAUCCGGGACGGACCUCGACACGGAGGACGACCGUUCGACCAGCAGCACGCCCAGCGACGGUGUCGUCGCUAACGGAUACCGUAAAUCGACAGCGGGUCGCCAUCGUAGAAGCGACAACUCCGAGUCCGUGGCGCGAGACAGCGCCACUUGAGGCAGUGUGCGCCGUGGACAGCUAGAAGAGAAAGAAAUCAGCAUUGGCAAGGCAUUCCAGGGGGUGUAGAAGCAAAACGGGGUACCCCGAUACGUAGGAGCGAGCAGAGAAGCGUUCUCUAUGGUCACCUGGUCAUCCGAUGGGUAUCGUCCAGAGAAACGAAUUGGGGGAUGAGUAACUCGAGCAGGAUAAGGAGAGGAACUACACGGCCGACCCGCCGGACAAUGUUGUGUCAACGAUGAUCACGGAUAACUACGUCAACGACGAGGAGGACGUCUGAACCGGUUCGUCGUGAUCCUCGAUCUCCUAGGCACUCGACCAGCUUCCACGGAUCAUCGAUCGCGCGAAUCGCGUCAGGAGAGACAGUUUCGGAGGUCGUCCAUGGUCUGUGCGAGCUGUACAGUGGUGACGGAACGCGCUAUGGUGCAAAUGGUUCGGAGGGCGAUCGGUGUGAGCCGGGCCUCAACUUCUAGUCCGUUUUAGAAUCGCGUCUCUCGCGUCGAGCAAAGGCCUUCGAGGAUGGUAUUUAGCAAAAUAUCACAAUUGUUCGUUGGGAUUCGUAGAGGCUGAGCCCAUUUUCUCGUGAACAUAUAGCCGGAGAGUUAGGUGUGCCAAAAACGAGCCUGCCAAGCCAACACCAUCAGCUUCUCUCGUCUUCGCGUAACGAGGACGAUCUGAGCGCACGGACUUGACGUUUUCGUUCUUUUAUUUUCCGUUACCAGCCCGAGUGGGGACGUGGAGAGUCCCUGGGUGCGUCCGUUAUUACGUCACCGAUUGUCAAACGAAGCCAUCGCGUGGCUGAUGGGUCAAGCAUAAAGUUCAGUAGCGACGACGCGCGCAAUCUACUACUGGGUCAAGAUUAGCCGCGUGAAUCGAGAAACUGAGCCCAACGAACAGAGAGGCGUGUCUGUGAGUGUCCCGAGCAAACACGUAAAUGCUUUCGCAAUUCCUUUGGCGUAUUUCAUUGAAAAGGUAGCGCACAAUAUUUGGGCCUUAUAAAGUAUAUAAAUUGUCGAUGUUCCGCUAUGGGAGAACCUCGUAAUCGUACUGUCUAGAACGACGAGAAAACGGCGUAUAAUUAUUCGUAAGGAAUUGAAUAUCCCAACGAGAAGGACAAAGUUAUUACAUAGGAGAGUUCCG